AUGGACCUCCACCAACGCGCCUCCACGGUAGAUACUGUCGGUGGCGACUAUGCCGACGACCAUAUCAUGGAACCUGGAGAAGACGGAAGGAUUGAAAUGGCUCAGGAAGAGAUAGACGCAAUCAUCCGCAACAAGAGAAAAGUGCGGGACCCGAAGGCCUGCUAUGCGUGUCAUCGCCGGAAAGUCAAGUGUGAUAGGAACCUGCCCUGCGACUCCUGUGUCAAGAGAGAUCAUCCUGAGCUAUGUUCAUACGAGCGGCCCACCAAGAAGCGGCGGAUUGCCUUGAGUGGUGCGUUGGCCCAACACGAUGGCGUUGGAUCGGAAAGUCCGAUUCAACAACAGACUGGUCCCAACAUUACGGUGCCGCGGGAACAAUGGGAGCGACUGAACAGGGAACUGCAGCAGUUGCGUGGGAUGGCCAGACCAGACGAACAAUUGUCUCCGGCCUUGUUGCCGACCGAUUUGGACGAUCCGAACGUGGCAGGCACGCAUAGCCGUGGAGACGAGACGGACCGAGAAGGUAUUCACGCUCCCAGCAAUCAGAUGGGCAUGAUGCAUUUGGGCUCGCGAUCUGUUCUAGCCUACAUGAUGGGACUCGGCAGGAGCAAAACGGCUCAAGACACGGCGAAAUCCUUGCUGGAGGAAAACAUUCUUCCAAAGUUGGGAUUGGACAACGAGAGCGCCACUUAUCCCUUUGUCGACUUGUGGAGUACCGAUUCAAGCAUGCAAGACGUGAAUGGCCUGUGUAAGGCUAUUCCCGACGACGAGCUGUGCAAUGAAUUUUUCGUCGCCUACAGAGACAUUGCCUGUACCAUAUACCCCGUCGUCCCCGAUGCCUCCAGCUUCGAGGACACCCUGCACUUUAUGCUGUCUAACCGCGCCCGUGCUUUGCGCGACAAUCUCGAACUCGAUCCCAACAAGCCGUAUGGAGUAACCUUGCCAUGGCUGUCACUGGUGUUUGCUGUUUUUGCAUCCGGAUCGCAGUCAUCGGACCGACCAGCAAAAGAAAGGGAGCUCACAUCACAAGUUUACAUCUGCUGCUCCUAUCAGGCACUUCGCAUGUCUAACUUCUUGACACAUCCUUGCCUGGAAACUAUCGAAGCCUCUCUGAUUAUUGGAAACGUUCUGUCCUACAACAUGAAUCCCGGGGUGGCGUACAUCUUUCUGGGCAUGACCCUACGGAUGGCCUUCUCGAUCGGAUUGCAAAUCAACUCCCAACAAUUCACCGAUGCCGAGAAAUGGACUCGUCGACGAAUCUGGUGGGCACUUGCGUGGCAGGAUUCCCAUUUCGCGGUCAGCUACGAUCGACCUACCUCGAGCGUCCUGUGUAUUCCAGAUAUCCCUUACGGCAAGUUCAGCUCUCCAGGAGAUCGGAGCUAUGCGGAAAGCAUGUUUGCCAUCAUCCGACUGACGCAGGAAAUCAUCCGUGAACGUCUGCUACAUCCUCGAUCUUACAUGACCUGGGAUCGAAUACAAAAGUACACCGAAGAGAUCACGAGCAUUGUGUCCCAAGGUGCCGCCCACCUUCGCAACCGGGACCUCUGCUAUCAAAUGACACAACACCUUGAACGCCUCGCGCUGAAACUCCACAGCUGCUAUAUCACGAGUGAGCUAUGCCGGCCGGCACUGAAAGCGCCACCUCCACCUUCAUCUGAUAACUUGACGCCUGUCCAGUCGCCUCCUGGCGGCCGACGGAGGACUUCGGGCACCACUGGUCAAUCGCCAAGCUCGGCUCCUUUUGAUGCGGCGGCUGUUGCUCAGUUUCGAACUCUGUGUGUGCAGAGCUUGGAGGGUACGGUCGAAGCGUACGUGGAACUGCACGGCCUGAGUAAAUUUGCAGCUCGGUCAUGGAUCGGAAUCCAACGGUCCAUCUCCGCCGCAUUCCUGCUGGGAACCCUCCCCGAGACCAGUCGCGACCCACGGCGGUUGUCUCUCCUGAGGGAGUUGGAGACGGUCAUCUCCCAACGAACGCAGGAAGAUCCAACAUUCGACCUCCUUCAGGAAGCGAGUCCCGCUGCCCAGCGCCGAUUCUCCCAGGACGAACAACCACCUCUUGCAGAAUCUCCGCAUUGGGCACGCAGCAUGAGCAAAUCGCUGAGCGCGUUAGGCAAAUUGAACGCUGCGCUGGCCGGACCGAGAUCAUCAAACACAAGCAAAUUCCAAGGAACGACAUUUGGACAGCAGGCGUCGAAUCAUUUCAUGGGGGCCUCAUCUGGAUUGGCACCCAGUUCAUCACCGACAAUACAGUCGCGAUCGUCUCAGUAUCCGCCGCUCUCGGGCAUCAAGGAGGAGUUCUCACCGUCGCUGAACACUAACAACACAAUUUUGGGGCUUGGAGCGUCCACAACCAUGGCGAACAUAACGUCAUCGAUGGGUCCCAUCACGCCUGACAGCACAGGCAGUUCGGGAGAUUGGAAUUUUGGAAACAUGCAUGAGAGGGCAGCAGAGUAUGUGCAAGCGCCGCUUUGGGGGGAUGGUGGGAUCGGGGGUUUCCUUGGGUAG